GUCACUCUCAAACACAGCGUGGCGACUAAGUUUUCGCUAAAAUUUUCUAAUUUUUGCAUUUGCACUGCACUUUGAACAAUAUGUCAGCAUUAAAUCUUACUGUUCGCGUCCAUCCCGUGGUGCUCUUCCAGGUGGUGGAUGCUUUUGAGCGCCGCGCCGCGGAGUCACAGCGCGUCAUCGGCACUUUGCUGGGAUCGGUGGAAAAUAAUGUCGUCGAGGUGACCAACUGCUUCUGUGUGCCGCACAAGGAACACGACGACCAGGUGGAGGCGGAGCUGAGCUAUGCCCUGGACAUGUACGACCUGAACAAGAAGGUGAACUGCAACGAGUUCGUUAUAGGCUGGUGGGCCACCGGCAAUGAUGUGACGAACCACAGCUCCGUCAUUCAUGAGUAUUACGCCCGGGAGUGCAACAAUCCGGUCCACCUCACCGUGGAUACAUCCCUGCAGGGCGGACGCAUGGGCCUGCGGUCCUAUGUGUGCAUCCAGUUGGGCGUGCCCGGCGGAAAAUCCGGCUGCAUGUUCACACCCAUUCCCGUGGAGUUAACCAGCUACGAGCCGGAGACCUUUGGCCUGAAGCUGCUGCAGAAGACGGUGGGCGUGGCCCCGGCCAACCGUCCAAAAACAGUGCCGCCCAUGCUGGACCUGGCCCAAAUAUCCGAAGCAUCCACGAAGCUGCAAUCCCUGCUAGACCUCAUCCUGAAGUACGUCGACGAUGUGAUUGCCCACAAGGUGACGCCGGACAACGCUGUCGGCCGCCAGCUGCUCGACCUCAUUCACUCCGUGCCGCACAUGAGCCACGAGCAGUUCACCCAAAUGUUCAACGCCAAUGUGCGCAACCUUCUGAUGGUCAUCACGCUCUCCCAGCUUAUCAAGACGCAGCUGCAGCUCAACGAGAAGUUGACGUUCCUGCCCACAGCCUAGGCCCACCGACACCUUAGUUGGGGGGUGGCCUGAGGUUUCUUUUUAAGUCGAAAGCUGUGUAACAACAAUCUUUUUCAAUUUGAUGUGUCUCAGUAAUAAAGUGUUUGGAUCGCCCA